GAAACUGGAAGCACUGACGAUGCUGAAGACGAGGCAAUAAAUUUACGACAGCAGCUAUCUAAAAUGAAAGAGCACUCCUCUCGGUUGAUAUCGGAGUAUAAUAAGAAAUUGAAUGAACUACGGGAGGAGAACGAUCGGCUUAAAGAAUCUCUCAGCGCCUCUCAUUUUGUAACUCAAGAAUCACCAUGCGCAAAAGAAGAUGAUUCGUCUAAUGGAAGCAACUCAAGAAAGAAUGUAGAAAUUCUUCUUGCUGAACUGGAGCUCACCUCGUCUGAACUUUCCCAAGUUCGUGAGAAUCACAAAGAAGCUCUUGAUCUUAUCUCUUCGUUGAAAAACGAGGUAUCAGAAUUAAAUGAAAAAGUAGUUGAUCGCGAUCGAAUAAUAGAAGAAGCAAGAGGACAUAUGCGCUCAUUGGAAAAGAUUUCCGAGCAAUUAGCAGAGUCAAGCAGGGAAGAGCCGAAGCAGCUUCAUGAAUUUACUUCAGAAAAUCAGCUUUAUGAGGAAGCCAGUACGCAAACCGAAGCUGCACACUGUACAAACACUGUGGGAGUCAGCACUGAAAGUAUUCAAUUUGAAGACUCUGAAAAUAUUCCUAUAUUUGCCCGGCCAGGAACCAUCAACACA